AUGUUUCGUCUUGAUAAGAGAAAGAUUUUUCUGCUUUACCAAUAUUAUUUACUAGGUGAAGUUGAUGAAACAAGAUUGGAAACUAGCAAAGACCAAGAGCAUCAUUUACAAGGAAAAAUUGCCCAGAAUUUGAAAGAAGUUUUUGCGGCCUAUGAAUUAGUGCGGGCUCAAAAUUCUAGCGUCCGAAAAAUGAUAAUUGACCAAACUGUUAAUUUUA